AUGGAGCAAAAUCCCUGCGCAGUCCAGUCUGGGCCUUCCGAAAGCGAAUCUACCACCCCUAUAAUCCUCUUCCACGACGCAGGCGGCACCAUCAUUCCGUACUUCAGCCUCGGCGACCUGCAUCGCCCGGUCUACGGCAUUAGCAAUCCGCGCUUCGAGCAAGGCGGGAAGUGGGAACAUGGACUGCGUCAGAUGGGCGUCGUCUAUACUCAUCUGGUUCGAUCCGUGCUCAGAUCAGGACCACUUAUUCUCGGAGGGUGGUCUUUGGGUGGCUGUCUCGCGCUGGAAGUGGCAUCGAGACUGAUGCAAUUGCCUCAGUAUAUCGUGCAUGGUGUCGUGCUCAUCGACAGUGUCUUCCCCACUCAAGCUGUCACUGACCAUUAUCCGCGCACUUUGGCCGAUGUUACCGAGCGAUUUCAGCUGCCCGAUCAAUUGUCUGGCGCGCACCGAGCCCAGGCCCAGCAGUGUAUCCUGCAUGCACAUGAGAUGCACCGGGAGUGGAAGCCCCCACUGUUCGCGUCCGGCCCUCCUCGAACCGUUCUACUGCGGGCCAUUGACUCGAUGCCGGAGGAUACGUCGGGGACUCCAAAUGCCCUCGACAUUGUGAGAGACUGCAAGCAUCUGGGCUGGAACGAGUACUGCACAAGCUUCCUGGUCGCUUGUCACGACAUACCUGGCAAUCAUUUCACAAUUUUUGAAGAGCCUAAUUGCCAACAAAUGACUCGUGGAAUCCGAGAAGCUUGUACUCACUUAGAGAGUUACCAUGACUGA